GUCCCGAUGACAGUCAGAAGAGGGACCGCUGAUCGCCGCUGCUGUGAUGAACAGGGUGAGACUGUCCUGUAGCGGAUCAUCUCCAAGACUGGACUGUUGUUGAGUCUCUCCUUUUUCUCCUCGGAUGUUAAGAAACCGACACAAGCUUCAUCUCUCCACUGUAAAGACUAAUAGACACCCAGACUCCUACAGUUUAUAAUCCUGACAUGAUGGGGGGGUCACUCUGGACUUCCCACUGUGCCACUGGAGCAGUGUUCAAAAGAAGGAGCUUUAUUACAGUUCUACCUCUGGCUUUAUUGUUGCCAACAGUGAGAGUUAGUGCACAGUUUAUGGGAAGCCCUCUGGACUGCCACAAGACCUGUGUGUGCGCCAGCAACAUCAUCAGCUGUUCCAAAAUGAAUCUAACCUAUGUUCCCACUGCUCUUCCACAAUAUACAGCUGUUCUGGACCUCAGCUUCAACUUAAUCACCAAGCUACUUGCUGAGUGGACCCCCAACAAGCUCAGCAGACUACACAGUCUGCUGCUCAGCCACAACGGCCUCACCUUUCUCUCCUCUGAGGCAUUUGUGUAUGUGACAAAGCUUCGUUACCUGGACCUUUCCUCCAAUGGCCUGCGCCUGCUGGACGAGGUCAUUUUUGAGCCACUGGAGCACCUGGAGGUGCUGCUGCUUUAUAACAACCGCAUCUCUCAGAUAGAUCGCUCUGCCUUCUCUGGCCUCAUCAGCCUGCAGAGGCUCUACCUGAGCCAGAACCAGAUCUCACGCUUCCCCUUGGAGCUGGUAAAGGAGCAGAGCCGGCUGAAAACUUUAAGACUGCUUGAUGUGUCGUCCAACCGAAUCAAAACCCUGCCCCUGCAUGAGCUUCAGGUUCUGCCCGCCUGGAUCAAGAAUGGCCUGUACUUCCACAACAACCCUCUGCCCUGCAGCUGUGAGCUGUAUAACGUGGUGGCACACUGGCACCUGAAGGAGCUCAGCUCUGUCACUGACUUCAAGGGCAGCCACACUUGUGUGUUACCAGGCCUGCAGAAGGAGAAAUUGGUUUUGCUGGAUCUGGAUAAGGUCUAUUUGAACUGCAGCAAGUUCAGAAUUAAGGAUGAAGAAGCCUAUCUGGAACAGUUCCUGGUCCUGGACUGUGACACCAAGCAGAAGGACUUGGUGAAGAGCUGGGCGCUGCCUGGAGACAUCCCAGUAUCUUCAGCACACAAGACUGCCGCGAUGCGUCCUGAUGGCAGCCUCCAGAUUGGGCCCCUGAAGGCAGAGGAUUCAGGGGUCUACACCUGCUACGCUACCAGCAACUCCGUCAAUGAGACACUGUAUGUAACUGUGGUGGUGUUUAAUUCCACCUCUAAGAACGGACUGGAGAACCUAAAAACAGCUUACACCACCCUCAUAGCAUGUAUGGUCAGUGUCGUGAUGGUUCUCAUCUACCUCUAUCUCACACCCUGCCGCUGCGCUUGUUGCCCAGGUCAGGGCCCGGAGAAAAGCGACCCAGGAGACAGCCUCCACUCUUCAACUGUUAGCAUCUCUCAGGCACACGAGGAGACAGGUCAAGAAAGAGUGGAGGGCGGCGGCUUCCCCUACAAACAUGUGGCCUUCCUGGAACAUAAGGACCAGGUGGAGCAGAACGGGAGGUUGAACCCAAUCGGCGAGGAAGACGAGGAGUGGCAGGGGGACAACAGCGAGAGAAGGAGGUCUGACGCAGAGUCUGUCAGCUCUGCGUGCUCUGAUACCCCCAUGGUGUUGUAAAAUUCAGUGGCGCAGCCUGCAGGGUGAGACAGGGAUGGCUCAAUCCUUGUGGCUGAGAUUUGUGUGCUUUGAAUGUGUGCAAAGGUUAGCAUCUUCCAAACAAGGUUAAAGCUUUAGUUGGCUCUCACAGCUGGUGGCACUGCUGCAGUAGCAUUUACUGCUUCUAGAAAAUAAAUGAUCAGUGCAAUGUCUUGAUAAAAAGAAAUUAAAAACACCCCAAAACAUCCUAAUUAUGCCUAGAAAUGUGGUUUAAAUAAUUUAAAAUGCCGUUAUCUCAGUUCUCAUACAGGACUGAAGUUGUUAUUUCUAUUGCUUAAAGCAAAUUGUCUUUAAAAAAUACAAUCAGUGCUUCUAUUAUUUUCAAUAGUGUCACUUUAACUGCAAAUUAUUGGCUGGCCCUGCAAGAAAUUGCUAUGCAGUCCCUUUAGAAAAUAUUUGAAAACACAAACCCACAGCACUAAUUACUCAGAGAUAAACAGAAUGUUUUUUUGAUGUUGUUCCUCAACUUAGCAGGCUUCUUUUAUCCACUGGGGAUCACAGUAUUACAAAGAUUAGAAGUUUUAAAGAUGUUGGACAGACGCUGCAGCUUGAAAGACAAGCUCAUUUUUAUGCAGAGCUUGCAGAGCUCACUUAAUUAAUACUGUGAGAUGUUUAAUAUUAAUGCUUAAUGUUUUACAUUCCUGUGCAGUUCUGUUGGCCUUCACAGGACAUGAUACUGUAAGGACUACUCUUAUGCAAGUUUAUGUAUUUAGAUUAUUUUCGAUUUGAGUGUGAUUUAAUGCUCAAUUACUAUGUGUGUUUGCUGUAACCAACCUUUUGUUAAAUACUUUUACAAUUUCUUGUAUGCAGGUCUACUUUGAGUCAUUUUGGAACUUUGUGUGGUGCAUUUUGUACUGCAGUUUACUAAUUACCAUAAUUUGAUUUUUCUUUUACUUUAUAACAAGAAAUACAUGAUAACAAAAGGUUUUCAGAUAAACCAGACCACAACCAGUGUUGUGGCAGUUACUCACUGACCACAUAGACACUGCAGAUUUUACUGAAACUGAUAUGUUUGAAGUGUUUACAUCAAUAUAAAUACAAUUAUUGACGAUUAACAGACAAAUGGACAUGAAAUAUUGAUUUAAGAUGAGCCAGUAAUUUUACAAAGUGAUUUCAUGGCAUCAUACUUUCCAGGUGACACUGCAAAAAAUAUUGAACUUAAAAAGCACAUCUUGUAACAUAUAUAACAUUGAUGAGAUCCAGUAGUACAGAAUAAUUAGUCUGUGAUUGUUACAGAAAGAUUUCGAUCUCCUCAUCUGCUCAUCUCAUCCAUCCAUCCAUCUUCAUCCGCUUAUCCAGGGUCGGGUUGCGGGGCUCAUCUGCUCAUUCUAACCAUUUUAUGGCCUAAUGUGCAUUUCCUCGUUUUAAAGAGGAAGCUUGUUUCAGAUCACAUAUUAAGUGAGCUGUUGGGUCUGCAGAGUUAUCACAGUUUCUGGUCCAGAAAAAAUAUAAGCAUUGUAAUAAGCUGAAGCUCAUUUAAAGCGUAAAGUCAACAAAGUGACUCAGCUGUCCACUGGCAGUGCAGCUGCUGCAGACCUUGUCUCCUGAAGGCAGAUUUCUGCCUCAGUUCUUCAGUUUGAACUGUUUAAAAAAGGGUUAAUCAUGUUCACAAAUGACUAUAAUACCAUUUCUAGAUCAGACAGACUGGAUACAUGACAGUGAGUUCAAAUUCCAAAAAUAAACCUAAUGUGUUGUUAUGAUGCAGUUAUAAUUAUAUGUUCAAUGUGAGAUUCAGACUGGUAACAUAAAAGUACAUCCUGCUAUAUUGGACAGUUAAUAGCUGGCAGGAAGCAUCGCCCAGAGGAAACAAGUGAGAGUGAAUAUCAUCUACUGAAUGCUUCUGGGCAUUAGUGCCCAACCCUGAACAAAUCAACCAGCCAGCAGCCUCAUAAACACAGUCAGAAAUAGCAGCGAGUAGUGCAGCCAACACGCAGGCUGCCUCACAGAGCUGAAACAUAAACAUACAAGUAGCAAUUUUCAAACAUGUCUUAAUUUUAGUUACAUUACUAAAAUGCCUUUUAAUUGUUGGUUUUAGAAGCUCACAUCAAAAUAUGUUGUCCAUCGUGUAUGCGCACACGUGGAAAAAAAUCAGGAAAUUUAAAAAAAAACAGGGGACAGAGUCCUGGGAAAAUGAUGUUUUCACAAACUUGUCUGUUGCUGAUGAGUGAUUGUGAUGGAAGAUAGUUUAUAAAAAUACUUUUUUUUAAACUUACCUUAAAUAGCUGAAAUUUAACCAUUUAAUAAAUUCAGGGGGAUACAGAUCACACACACUGUAACUGUGAAGAAAAUUAACAGCAAAAUAAAAUUCCCUAAUUAGAGAUGCAGCAAUGUUUAUUAAGUAUUAUAUAAUAUCUUUUUGAAAGAACUAUCAUUGUAUACUUUCACUUCUAAUGGUGCUUUUUCAAUAUCAUUUAUGCGAAUCAACACCUUAAUUAAAUGUCUCUAUGGUAAUUACAGCACUGAAGAUAGUCCUGACAUUGUGAGUCUAAUGCAGUCUAAUGUGGUCUAAUAGCAUUAUAAUGUAGCUACAUCUUAAUUGAAAAGGGGCACAUAUUUACUGUAUGCUAAUGCUGUACAUAUCUCUGUUUACCUCUAAAAGGUACUUAUAACCAAAGACUGAGUUACAUGCUAAGAAUGAAUAAUCUGUUUAGUGUUUACAGUUUGUUGUGAUCAGAAUGUUUAGGUUACCAACUGUAUUUCUGUGUGAAGCCACAAACCUAUAUUUUAGUAUAUGCAAUCCUGUAGGAAUUAUUGUAUUUAUUAUUUGCUGUAUCAUACCGUGUAAUAUUGUACCAUCCUGUAUUUCAUAAACUAAACAUAUGGCAACAGGAUCAUGUUCUGUCACUAUAUUCCUGUAAGAUGAACGCACUGAAUCUGUCAAACAGCUGCAGUAACACACAUUUAAAAAAAAUAAAGAUAAAGGAAUAGUU